AUGGCUUUGUUCCCUCCCGCCUUGCGUCCGCGGCGAUGGUCCUUCAAAUAUGUCCUCUGCCUCCUCGUCGGAUCCUACCUCACCAUAUGCUUCCUCUUCAACAUGCCUCUCUUCUCCUCGCGCCUGCCCCGUUACUCGGGCGAAUAUGAGGUCGGCGUCGUGGACAUUGAGGCCGAAUGCGAGCCUCGCCGCUUUAGCGAUGCUGUCUUCAAGGACUCCCGCGAGCCGGCAUUACAACUAGAGACUGUCCUCUUCUCCCUAUAUUACCCCUCCGUGCGCGGUGCGAAGUCGCGAGGACCACACCACCCCUGGGUCUCGAAACCGCUCUCCCUGACCGCGGAGGGCUACGCGCGGUUCGCCAAGGUCAACAACUUUCUCACGAAUAAUGUCUUCACUUUUGCUUUGUGGACCCUUGCGGGAAGUACGACCAUCCCUGCGAAUGUGGAUGUGCCAUUGCACGGCACCGUCAAGAACUACCACGAGAACGAAGCCCCUUACCUGGACUAUGACUCCGAGCACCCAUUAGACGACUAUGGCCUGCCGCAGUUUCCAGUCAUUGUAUUCAGCCACGGCAUGGCUUCUAGUCGGACGAGCUAUACACAAUACUGCGGCGAGCUUGCGUCGCGAGGGUUCAUUGUCGCAGCGAUCGAACACCGAGAUGGAUCUGGCCCUGGAACGAUGAUCACGAAGAAUACUACCUCGAAACCCUUCUACCACUUCAACCACGAGAUGCUCGACCCGGUUCCUGACAUGGCAGACUUCAAGGUUCAGCAGCUGGCUUUGCGCCAGGCCGAAGUGGAAGAGACGGUGCGAGUGUUGGGUAUGAUCAACAACGGUAGAGGGGCGGAAGUAUACAAGAACAACGCUCGUGCUGAGGGUCAAGAUCUGGCUGAGUUCAGGGGGAGGUUAAUGACGGAUAGGAUGAUCAUCGGCGGACACUCAUUCGGCGCGACACUUGCGCUUCAGACAUUGAAGGAUGCACCAUCAAAGACCCUCCCUUUCGUGGGAGCCGUGAUUCUGGAUCCUGGCAAGCACUCUGGACCGCUGAAUGACGAUAUCAAUGUCCCAAUUGUGGUCGUUCAUUCGCAGUCCUGGUCUGCCAAGCACACCAUCUUCCACGGCCGACCUCACUUCUCGGUGGUCAAAGACUUGGUGCGCAAGAUCAUCGACGAGAAGAAGAAGUUCGCAUGGUUCACAACUGCCAAGGGCACAACACAUCCCUCAGUGACAGACGCGCCGCUCAUCGAGCCCCUUCUCCUUUCCUGGACGACCGGCUCCACUAUCGACGCGAGAGAAGGAGUACUACAAUACGUCAAGAUCACGCGGCAAUUCAUGCACUUCUUGGAAGAGGGCCAUCGCCAGAGUAUCUUGAAAACAGAGAUCACUCACCCAGAGUACGAUUCGGAACCGACGAUGGAAUACCCUCCCACGGUGUCGAAGCACUGGCAGAUUCAUAUGGCGCCUUCGGCAGCGUGUCCCGCGCCUGGAUACUGUGGUCUUGAUGAUCCUGAUGACAUGGAGGAUGAUGCCAAGAAGUGA